AUGGAAAGGGUGUUGGACAGAAUUGAGUGUACUUCUGAGCAAAAAUUGAGGUACGCAGUGUCCUUAUUAGAGAAAGACGCAUUAGACUGGUGGGAAAUAGUUCCAGGGAGCACUUAUCGACCUGUCACUUUAACGUGGAAUGACUUUUUGAAAGAAUUUGCUGACAAAUAUACUCCACCGGUGUACAGAAAUCGUAAGAAAGUUGAAUUUCUUGAAUUAAAGCAGAAUGAUCUAUCUGUUGCUGAGUAUAAGCUGCAAUUUGUGAGAUUGUCAAAAUACGCCCCAGAAGAGGUGAAUACCGAUGAAUUAAGGAGAGACAGGUUUGAAAGAGGAUUGAGACUCGAGAUUCGGGAGAAAAUACCAAUUAAACCUCCGAGUUAUGAUGCUCUGUUGGAAGCGUCACUAAGGGCAGAAGAGACAUCCAUUGAAAGGAGUUCUACUGAAGCUAAACGAAAGAAAUUGACAAGUAACCUGAAUCCUACAGCAAGUCAAGGUGGUGUAGUUUCCUUUAGGGGUUCUGGUUCACAGAGGGGUUGGUUUAGAAGUCGAGAAGUGGGUCAGGCUAGUAGGUCCCCUUCAGUGUUUUCGAGUAGAGGCUGCCCUACUUCAGUUGGAUUUGGAGGAAGACAAGGUCCAGCCAAAUCAUUCAGUGGAGGAUCUACUCCUUCUUGUGCUAAUUGCGGUAGGAGAUACAUUGGUGAAUGUUGGGGAGCCCGAUCAAUUAUAUGUUAUCGAUACCGUCAGCCGGGACAUAUUGUCAGGGACUGUCCUACAUGGAGGGAUAGUUCCAGAGGACCUCAAACUUCAGAGUUUAGCAGUGUGGGGGAAAACUCACAACGAACAGGAUCUACUUGUUCAUUUAUAUCACAUGAUUUUGCAUCUCGUGUACAUGCUAAAAUAGAACCAUUUGGACAUGACUUAUAUGUGUCUAUGCCUGCUGGUGGGUUUGUAUUAGUGAAUAAGGUGGUGAGAUCUUGUCCAAUAGUAGUGGAUGGUGUUACUUUAUAUGUAGAUCUGGUUGUAAUAGACCUUAGGGAGUUUGAUGUCAUUUUGGGGAUGGACUGGUUAGCUACUAAUCAUGCUUUAGUGGAUUGUCAAGCAAAAGAGGUGAUGGUUGAAGUAAAUGGGCAUAUGAAGACGGUUAUAGUAGGGGAAAAAGUUUUUCUAAAAGUAUCACCAUGGAGAGGAAUCUUGAGAUUCAGGAAGUAUGGAAAGCUGAGUCCGCGAUAUAUUGGGCCAUAUGAAAUUCUGGAGCAAGUUGGACCACUAGCCUAUCGGUUAGCAUUACCGACAGAAUUAUCACAAAUACAUGACGUGUUUCAUGUAUCUAUGCUACGAUGA